CAGCGGGUCUGCUUAUUUGCUAUCAUGAGGUGAAUCCCUAAUUACAAUCCGAUCUUCUUCCAACGAACCACAACACAACGCCUCGGGAUAUUGUCUAGUGGGGAUGUUUUCACGCCAUUCAUGGCUGGGCUUCUAGCCUUUGGUUUAUCAUGUAUAAUCCAUACAUCAUGUGGGGCACUGAAAGCUGGGGGAAAAUGCGGAUCUUCUGAAUCAAACAUGCAUAUAUAUAACUGCCAGGAUUUCAAGCCCUUAGUAUGUGCUCCCUAUCACAACAUUCCACUUGCCGCCCCUCUCGCUGCGACCCUCAAGGAUCAAUCCCCUAACUUGAAAACCGCUCUACGGCUCCUCGACGCUUAUACCUCAUACUCGGAUGAAACCCUGAAGACCACUUUCGAUGAGAUCACCACGGAUGACUUUGCGCUUGUUGCACUCCCAGAGUCAUUGAGCGUAUUUGGAUGGACCCAGCUCAACAAGUUAGAAUUCAGCCUGGCUAUCCAGAAUCUUGGUUGGAAAGGAAUAAAAGGCUUGCAGUUUAUUGUCACAGAAGUAGUGGAAACCGAAAGCGAUGUAAUUCUUUGGGUAAACAUUCCGCCUCAGUCUGUUACAUUGGCGGGGGAGUCGCUCAAUUCCCACCAUGUGUUCAGGAACCGCUUCAACGCUGAUGGGAAAGUUGUGGAGGCAAGAUACUUCCUGGACACUAAAAUAAUUCAUGAUUUCUUUUGGUCGGGACCCCAGGGAACCAUAGGGCGUAGACCCGCGUAGGGAACCAUUAGCAAGAUCGCAGUCCCAUUUUUGGCUCCAACAAGUAACAGUCAAUGUACAAUAUGAUGCAUGCCUGGUUUGAUUCAUCCUAU